CAAACUUUACGUCUAUACCCCUCUCUCUCCCACUUCAGUCCAGUCUACCAGUCUAGCUCUCGCCAUCCUCCUCCGCUCUCAUCCGGGAAAACCGCCCUCCUCCGCCACAGCCACAAACCCUAGUCUCGCCGGUUCUAUGCUUCCAGGAUGAAAUUUUCUGAGGAUAUGAACUUUUCCAUUUGGGAUUGCCCAUACAGCCAAGAUGAAACCUUCUAUGUGGCAAAUAGUUGGCCUAAUGACUUGUACCUCAAUCCUCAAUUCGAUGUCAUCGAGGAAGAUGCAUUAAAUGAGAAAUCUUGUAUUCAAGUACUAAAGGCGUUGAUUGCAAAAGCCGACACAGAGAUACUUGAAGUUGAAGAAGAAAAAGUGUUGUUGCAAAGUGAACUGGCCUUGGCUGAUGAGAAGUGGCAUGCAAUGUGCUUUACCACUUUAAUUCAAAAGAUCACUUGCCUUGACAAAUUAAUACAGGAUUUGAAGAAUGCAAAUGUGAAUGGUGUGCUUCAUUUAGGAAAUGAGCAAAUGCAUCCAAAACCUGCCGAAAGAGUACAUGAAGUAUUAAGUGCUCUGUUACAAGAUCACUUUUCCCAAAGUGAUGAGCAGAAUGAAGUGUCCCUGGCAGAUCAUAACCGUCCUUGUUCAAAUGUUCAGAAAGUGGUAAGCACCCAGCCCAUGGAGAAGAUUUUGAAUGGUUCAACUUCUAAUAUAGUAUGUGGGAUAUCUGUUACAGCUGAAAGGACUCUUAACUCUCAAUCUUCAGGAUCUGGAAUAACAGUGGAUGAGGGGGUUACAAAUGCUAUCUCAAAAGAUUCAGGUGCAGAGCCUUUACAAGAUGAAGCUUCUACUUGUUCCUUUCGAACGAAAAAGAGGAUCGAAAUUGGUUUGGAAGAUUUCUGUGAGGAUAAAGUUGAAGAGCUGAGUAACACACAUGAAUGCAUUGUCUCGAGUACAACUGAAGAAGUCAAAGGAGUUGAUUUGUCAGAAACAUCUAAGUUUCAGGGAUCCAAAGUAGUUGAUAUAAAACAAGAAGUGAAAGACUUCAGCAUGAAGCAGAAGUACAAGGAGGCGGCGACUGCUCAGAAUAUCGAAAAAGACACCAAAAGUCAAUUGUUGGAGACAAAAAUGGUCAGCAAAGAAUCUCCUUGGGGAGUAAAGGGACAAGGGGCUCUGCUCAGCGAAGUUGAUCAGAGUGUUGGGGAGUCAUUGUUGGGUCUGUUCAACCAGAAGGAUAAGGAUGAGAGAAAAACACAGAUAAAAAUAGAACUGCCAGAGUACUAUCCCCCCAAAACUCGAGUUACAGCUCUGCCCGAGUCCAACUCAAGUUUGUCUCUGCAGUUAAGAAGCUGGGAACAGAUGGACAAAGAAUGGACAUUAUAUGCAAACAUGGUCAGGGAACCAUGUCUUACUGAGGAAUUGGGAUUAAAAUCACCUCCUCCUAAAAAACUAAAAAAGCAGCUGCGCAAGCCUGGGAGUGGUUACAAGCCUGCCAACACCGACCUGGGAAACAAGAACUCGUACGAAAGCCCACUAGCAUUGGUCGCGUCCAAGAGCGUUGAUUCUACUCCACAAAGUAAAACAUGCCUGGACUUGCCAGUCAUGAAAGAGCACGAAAACUUGAGGGACUACCAAAUGAGGUUAACCAAGUCCCGUGGAACUUCUAAAGAUGUUCAAGACACAGGCUGCCCCUCUUCUCCAUCCGGAUGUAUUGCAGACCUGAAGAAUAUGACCAAGACCCAACUCCAGGCCAUUGCAAAACAACACAAGUUGAAAAGAUGGUACAGUCUUAAAAAGGCGCAGCUGGAACAACUUCUCCACCUUCGUCUGCAAAGUAAAGAUGGCGAUAUGUAACAGCAAUGUGGUACUAUUUUUGCACAUCUGUAGGCACAAGGAGUUUUUGCAAGGCCUGCCAAAAGUUACUAGGAAGAAACAGGGAAAGAAGGCAAAUAGCUUUUGUGUAGUUACUAAUCGUUGUUUCUCUUUAAUGUUUAUUAGCCUUCCUCCUUUGAGGCAUAUUUUCUAUAAACUCUAGCUAAUUUUGCAUGUAUAAUUGACCACUCCUAUUAUAUAUUAAGAUACAGAUGAUAAACAUAUAUGAAAAUACUUACCAACAUACUUAUCAACAAAUUCAGAAA